AUUUUAAUGUUUUAAAAUUAUUCGUUUUCUUACAGGGCUGUGAAAAACUAUUUACAACAAUAUUAGGAAUUAAAUAUCACGCCCCUCGCUGUCAGAAUGAUAAGAAUUUUGAAUGUCUUAUCUGUUCAAAAAUUUUCAAAUAUAAAAAAACAUCUCUCUUGGCUCAUAUGGAAAAUUAUCAUAAAUGUCUUCCUGAAAAUAAAGAGAUAGCAAAUAAGGAUAAGUGUAAAAAACAGAAAACUAGCCAGAGAUUAUAUUGGUCUUCCUCAAAAGAAAGAUUUGAUUUGCAUAUGAAAUAUGUAAUGAGAUACAAUAAAUCUGAUUCAUUUAAAGAUUGGAAACCAAAACUAAAGGCUUGGAAAUUGCUUUCAGAAAGUGCUAUUGAAAAAUACUUGCCUCUAGAGAGAAUUUCUGCUAAAAUUCGAAUAGGAACAAAUGAAGAAUCUGAGGCACAAUGGAUUCAGUUAAAAUUAUUUGAAAGUCUUCCUAUUACAAAUGAAUACUCUAAUAGAACAUUCUAUGUAGGAGGACCAAUCUGGGCUAGUGCAUGGUGUCCAACACCCAUAAACGUUACAUCUGCACAAUAUGUUGCUCUGAGCUGUUGUCGAGAUUCUAAUGAAUUUCAUAACUUCGUUCCAGAUAAAUUGCAGCCCACACUCAUACAGAUAUGGGAUGUUGGAUUGACAGAAUAUGAGAAUAAUGAUACAAAAGAAUUUAAAUCGCCAAACUUUAUCGGUAUAGCAGUUGAUCAAGGAGAAAUCUGGGACAUGGUGUGGUGUCCAAGCGGAUGCUGGGAAGAUUCAUCUCUGUAUAAAAAUACAUUGACAGAUGAAAUAUUGCCUCGACUCGGUUUAUUAGCUGUUGCUUGUAGUGAUAGCUGCAUAAGAAUUUAUAGUAUUCCCCAUCCUGAAUUUUUAAAGAAGAAUUCAUCAAAUAUUAAUAUAUAUCAAACUGAAGCUAUUGUCUUGAAGAUAUCAAAAGAGUUGUUGGGACCUCAAAGUGAACUUGGUAUUUGUACCUGUGUUGAUUGGCAAACCACAAAUGAUAAUAGAUUUAUUGCUGGUGGUUUUGCCAAUGGAAUGAUCUUUGUAUGGGAUCUGUUCACAUCAUCUCCUCUUUUAAAAUUUUCUGAAGAAAAUCGGUUGACCAUUUUUCCGCAUUUGUCUUUCUGUGGUGCUUUGACCAACAUCACAGAUCUGGCUUGGAGUCCAUCUGAGUGUGGGCACUUUCUGGCCAGUGCAUCUGCCGAAAGAACUUUGAAAAUUUGGAAUUUGGAUAAUCCUAAUUGGCCUGUGUAUGUUUAUAGACAAGGAUUAUUUCAGAGUCUGGAAUGGCAACCAAGAGGAAUAUUUUUUACUACUGAUUACUGCUAUAAAAAUUACAAUAAUUCUGCAAAUAUUUUGAACUUUGAGGACACGAAUUCAUAUUCUUUGAGUGUUCAUAACGGUUGUAUUUGGGAUAUUUCAAUUUCUGGUUGGAAAGAUAUGAUGGUCAGUUGUGACUCUUCUGGGGAACUCGUGGGAGUAAUGUUGCAUUGUUUGGAGAGAAGAAAAUCCUACCCCUGGCAUUCUCGUGUGCCAUUGUACAGGAUUGAGUUGGAGCCGUUGGAUAAAGAAGAGAGAGCUACAAAGGAGGGAAUAGUUCCAAUUACUGAUAUGGAAAUACAAUCGCCCAUUAGUGUAGAUUCUGGCAUUCAAGAAGAAAAUGUAGGAGACGUUAGAGAGUCCAAAAAGCUCCCCCCAAAGCAAACUUAUGGCACCGUAACAGCUAAUUAUGGAAUUGUGAUAAAAGAAUUUGUAAAUCUAAACAAAUUGUCCAAGAAGGACAUUGAACGAAUCAAGACUUCCACAUCCAUGAAUUUUACCAAGAUAAACGAUUAUCCUUUAACUUCCAUUAACUCGGUAUGUUGGAAUCCAAAUCUUGAUUAUCAGCACUGGCUUUUCUCCGGUGGCCAAGCCGGUCUGGCCAGGUUAAUUCAUGUGUCAGGCAUGUCAAAUUUGCAGUGGUGUAGGAAGCUUAGUUGAUGAUCAUAGUUUUUAGGUUUAUUUAAUUCCAAUAUUGUAUAAAGUAUAUAUACUCAAUGUAUUUAUUAGAUGAGAAUCCCAAAAAUAUGAAUUUGGAAAUAGCAAAUGCCAGUUACAAUAUCUAUUUCUAAGCAACGAGCAAAUUUUUUAAAUUUAAAUAUGAAGAAAUUAAUUUUAUAUUUUAAAGUAUUUUUUAAAUACAGUAUGCUACCUCAAUUGUUAAUUUUGGUUUUCCAGAAAUAGAUACAAUCACGUUCGAAUUCUAUAAGCUUAACUGUGAUAUUAAAGAAUGAUUAAACGAAAUUUUGUUAUUUUUGUAUAUUAAUGCAUGUAUGAAAAUCAAUACGCUACAUAAAUAAAUGUAUAUUUAUUUAAUAAUUUAUCCAACAUUUCUGUUAGAUGAAAUUUAUUUUGCAGUUUUUGAAAUAUGGUGCAAUGUUCUGUUGAAAUUUAAAUGUGAACAAUGCGCCAAAUGCAAAUUAACUAAAUUUGCUUGCAUUUUGAAGAAAAAUAUCUGUGAUAAAUUUCCAUUUGACUUAUGCCACUGUAAAGUGAUUCAAAUCUGUUAUCGCUUACCAAUUUAUUACAAAAGUGUUACAUUUUUGGAACUAUGUGUAAAUUAUGACAAAUAAAAAAUUCUUGGAACUGUUUA